CUUACCUGACUAACUAACAAACACACGCGCUUCCUGGAGCGAGGAUGUGAUUCAGACAAAUUCAUCUGAGAAUCGGGAACUUUACUGAAGAGGAACUCCACAUGGUGUUUAGAAAAACGCUCCGUUUCUAACGUGUUUUUAUAAAGUUCGUUUUUACUUAAAUGUUGUUAUCCUCUCCGUGUUGAGGAGGAAGUCGUUUUUACGGUGUUUACGGUGUUUAGUCUCUUAGUUUGAAGGCCUGUCAACAUGCUCAUGAUCGGUGGUGCGUUCACGGCCCUGCUGCUUCUGCUCUCUGGACUUUCUGCUGCUUUUGUUCCUCCACCAACAAACCUGACUGUGAGCUGCACGAGCCCCAACGUGAUGCUGAGCUGGGAGUUCAGCGAGCAGCAAACACACACCGAAUUCAAGAUAGAUGUCAGAGGAUCUGGAAAGAUUUCUCUGUUGUGUUGCAGCAACGAAAUACAUCAAUCUUGGGUGAAAGAGCGUCACUUUCACGUCUUUGAUUUCAUCUGGAAAUCUGAGGCUAGCUUCAUGGAUUUCUACGGAGUCAAUGUGACAGCGUUUCAGGGAGGAAACCGGUCUAAAGAAGCAAAGAUCACCUUCACCUUUAACGACUUAAAAACCGCUGAUAAAAAAUGUCAUUUGGAUUUCCCCGAUGUGGAUCUGGUGGAGACGGAUUCAGGAGCCACGCUUAGCUUCAAGAAUCCUCUCCACUACUACGAGAAGCUGAAGCAGGCUAUCAUCGGAGCAGAUGCCUCCUUUAUAUUUGAAGCCUCUUCCAAAACUGGUCAUUAUAAAGAAGAUUGCGGGCAGCACGAAAACUGCAAACUUGAUAUUGUGUUCCCUGCGGACGAGGAGAAGUGUGUGACGCUGAAGGGAGACCUGCUUGAAAGUAUUGGUGGUCAAGCGUUCAAACAGAUCGACAGAAUCUGUGCCGAACCAGAAGAGAAGGAUCUUACGGUGGCUCUGGUUGUAUUGCUGUUCGUCCUCGGCAUUGUAAUCGUUGUGAUUAUAAUUAUCAUCAUUAAGGUGAGAGCCUGGACGAUGGAGAGCCCCCCUACACCUACUCCUCUGAAUUUCACAGAAAGAGAAGAUGGCCCUUUAUUAAUUGAAAAAGACUCGACUCCCGUCAGUGUUGUUAAACUGUGCAACAACCCCGUCAACACUUCAGUCAGCUGCGAGGAGGAGGAGGAGGAGGAGGAGGAGGAGGAGGACAGCAGAGACAACAACAGAGACAACAGAGAGGGUUUGCAGCCUCUCGAUGCAGCGUACUCUGAUGGAGGACGUCUGGAGGGCAACAUGAAAGAUGAUGAGGAUUCAGGUGUCCGCUCCAAGGAGGAAGAGGAGGACAGCACAGACCGCAGCAGGGACAGCAGCGGAUACCUAAUCAGAGAGAGUGUGCAGCCUCUCGAUGCAGCGUACUCUGAUGGAGGACGUCUGGAGGACAACAUGAAAGAUGAUGAGGAUUCAGGUGUCCGCUCCAAGGAGGAAGAGGAGGACAGCACAGACCGCAGCAGGGACAGCAGCGGAUACCUAAGCAGAGAGAGUGUGCAGCCUCUCGAUGCGGAACUCUGAUAGAGGACUUCUGGAGGAAAACAUUAGUGAUGAUGAUUCUGCGAAAACUGAGACUGUUUCUAUUGAAUCGGUGGAGUCGAUACGAUCACACUACGAUCGCCCUCAUGCUCCGUAGGUGGAUAUGGGUGACGGGGACUAAGCUUGCAGCGAGAGGUGAAAACAAACCUAAAAAGACGACUUUAUUCUGGAUUAAAAGUCAUUUUCUCGUGGUUUUGACCUCUCUAUACUUUGCAUUACAAACAAGUGCAUUCAUGGAGGUGGUGCCUUUUCUCAAGAAGGGACAAAGACAGUUAAACCUUCUACUUUGUGGUUGUACUGGUAAACAUCUACCAAUGUUUAAGUAUAUCUUUGGCUUGCCUUGUGGCUGUUUUUUAGAGGCAAUUCGAGGGGAAAAGGCUGAUUGUUUCAACAGCUGCAACACAAACAGGAUGGGAUUUAAGAAACUUAACAUGAAACCUCAGCCUCAUGUAUAUCACUUUAACUAUAUGCAUACAAUAACACAGUAGUUAGCAUUGCUGUUUGACUCUGUUGUACCCGGGAAACGAAGCGGUGAUCUUCAAGUCUCCUGAACAUCCCUGACCCUCAGCUGCAGAAAUGUUACUUUAACACAAUAUACAUUAUUUUACCUCAGGGGAACACGCUCCAUAAGAAGUAUGAUCGCUCUUAUAGUCUCUAAGUAUCAGCUAAAACUGGUGGAUGUUUGUGCAGCUGUUAUUCAGGAAGGGAAAGGGCUCCAUGGUUUGGUUUUUAAAAAGGGACAUUUUAUUUGUAAUAUAUAUAAAACAGUUCCUACUUGCAUCAAGUGGUAUAAAGUUAUGUAGAUCAUUUUCAGUUUAUUUGACCAGGUUUAGAGGAAGAUUUGUCUUUUUAAAUAUUAAGAGGGACUACUUCUUUGGUAGAAAGUAGUUCCAAUGAAAAAGGCAAAGGUCAGCAUUGUCAGCCAAAGAAAAUAACCUGGAAACUUGUUCGGAUUUGAAAAGGAAUUUGGCUUUCAGCUCCAAAACCUCCACCUUACUAAGUUCGACUAGAGGUAAAAUGUUUACAACCGGAUGAGAUUGACUGUACCGGUUUUACUGUGUUUUAACACACCGUCAAAUGUGGACUUUCUGCUCUAGGCAGCAGAUAAUGAGGCAUUCAAAUGGAUGCCACACCUGGAAAUGUAUGUGCAGGUAUCACUGUGUGUUUCCUGUCAAACCGGCUUUGAUGUGAUGUGUGGGAGUUUUUCUUUUGUUCGCAUCAAGAGGAUUACAUUUUACAAGUACUUCAGGGUUGCUCAUAUUUUUUUUAUUGCUGUGAUGAAAUUACCUAUUGCGUAAAAGUGCUUUUUAAACGGUUGCUUUGAAUGCUACGGCAGAGGAUAAGGGCCACACGUGAACAAAAUGUUUGAGAUUAGAGCUUUUUGAACCGAAAUUGUCAGAGAAAAAGUCGGAAUUCUGACUUUUUUCUGAAAAUUCAGAAUUUUGCUGGAAAAAUUAUUUCGCCAUCAACAUUUUAAGAUUACAUUUAUUUAUUUGUAUUUGAAUUCUGACUUAAAUAUCCAAAUCUCUCAGAAUUCUGACUUUAAUUUCAGAUUUUUUCCCAGAAUUCUGAGAUUCAAGUCAGAAUUCCCACUUUUCUAAAAAGACAAUAUUAUUUUUCUUCUCAGAAUUCCAGGAUUAAAUUACUUUUUCUCAGACCUCAAUGUGGCCCUAAUCCUCUUCCGUAGAAUACUACCUUUCAAUACCUUGUCUCUAACAUUUUUAACAGCAUGGUAAGCUGAACACUGAAAGAGAAUGUUGUCUCUGAAAUAAGAUGUAUUUGUUUAUUUAAUAAGGAAACGUCCAUUUAUACUUUUCCCAUGACUUGUUUGCAUGAGAUUUAAAUAUGUUCAUGUGUCAAAGAUUUGCUGAUAUGAUCUUUGAAUAAACGGCAGUGUGAAAGUAUCAGAUCACCUGCUGUGGGGCAAAGUGCACUUUGAUAAGAUCAACAGGAAAUCUCAGGUUACUUUUGAAUUUUUAAUAAAGACACAAACAAUA